UUAUAACGCGACAACCGGAAGUCAGUGUGAAGUAACCGGAAGUUUACUUAUCCUCCCGGCGUGUGUUCUGUGUUAGGGGAACAUUUCGUUGCAGUUUAUUUUGUUUCCGCGGUGUAAGUGUUCGGUUGUGAAGGAAAAUGUCUGACAACGAGGACAAUUUUGAUGAUGGAGAUUUUGAUGAUGUGGAGGAGGAUGAAGGUCUGGACGAUCUGGAGAACGUGGAGGAUGAGGAUCAGGAGAACGUACAGAUCCUCCCUGCAGGAGAAGGACAGCAGGCCAAUCAGAAGAGGAUCACUACACCGUACAUGACCAAAUACGAGAGAGCCAGAGUGCUGGGCACUAGAGCACUACAGAUUGCGAUGUGUGCACCAGUAAUGGUGGAGUUGGAAGGAGAGACAGACCCUCUGCAGAUCGCCAUGAAGGAGCUUAAAGGCAGAAAAAUCCCUAUCAUCAUCCGGAGGUAUCUGCCUGACGGGAGCUAUGAGGACUGGGGCUGUGACGAGCUUAUCAUCACUGACUAACACACACACACACACACACACACACAUUGAUACAGUCUCAGUGUUCUGACUGGGAACGAAACACUGGUGAAUCUGUAAACAGCGAUUAAUGCUAAAACACACACAUGUAAACUUAAUCAUCAGCAAGGGUCUCUGGUUUAAAAUAAACACACAAAUAAACACACACCAGUACUCAUCCUGUACAAUGGCCUCAGUGUGUGUAUGUGUGCAGUGAGUAACUCUCUCCACUAGAGGCAGUACAGUCACGUUUUCAUUGUGAAGGGGAUUUUAGUUGGUUUUAUUAUUAAUGUAACACAGUAAAUGUUUUUGUAUAAAAGAUAUCCGGAGCCAUUAUGUUUGGUUUCUCUUGAAAAGAGCUCGGAUGUUUCAGUAAAGCUCAAUUUUCCUGUAGGAUGUUGAAAUAAAUAAACUAGUAGCUCUGGA